AGGGGUGAAGCCCUCUGCUGUAUGGCAGGUACAUCUGGAACCCUGGAGGGAGAGAUGGAGGAGAAGAAGCUCCACCAUGCUGUGCAGCUCAGCUUGUUCUAUAGAUGUUUCAGUCCCCUGUUUUGGUGCUGAUGUGCCCUCUAGUGGACACUUGUUAAAUCCUCCAGCACACAGACGGUACACAGGUGGAGGACUGCAGCUGGAUGAGGAGUUUUGAGACAGAGGAGGAGGUGAAGGAGAAAGAGGAGGAGGAGGAGAGGAAUUCUCUGCGUGUUUAUUUUGGAAGUACAGCACCCUGCAGGGACCGCUCCGUCAGCGUGUGUGUAGGAGAGACAGGAACUGAGACACUAGCUGAGCUCUUGCACUCGGUUGCAUCAGUAUCGCUCUGCAGUAGGAAAUUCUGCUUCAUUCUCAGUCGGGGCCACUUGAAGCUGGUGUGGAGCCCGAGUCUGAUGAAAACACCAGGCCACCUCACCACCCCUGUCCUCAGCUAAAGUUCAUGAGUGUUUACAAAGAUCAGAGAACCUCAGUGAGAUCAGAGAACCUCAGUGAGGGUUAAAGACGUUCUGUUCUGCUGGGGGUUUGGUGAUGGUUCAGUGGUGCAGCUCAGAUCUUCUCUCAGAUGUCUCUGUCUCCUUUUCACCUUUACACAGACUCUCUGAUUGGUCCAGCCAGCUGCUGCCAAUCAAUACGCCUGUCCCCGCCAUGCCUCUCCAUGCCCCAUGUGCCCCUUGCCCUUCUGAGGGGGGUAUAUAUAGCACACACAACGAGCUGAUCACCCCCGGCACUGGAAACCAUGAGGCUCGCUCUGUGCUGCUGCCUUCUCGGCCUUCUGGCUCUCACCACUGCUGAUCCAGUGAGUGAGCUGCCUGAGGAUGAAGCACUGAUGCACCUGAAGCUGCAGCAGGACAGCGGUGACCUGUUCCCCUGCUGCGAUGGUGCUGAGGAGAUCAGCCAGACCUCCUCCAACGACACGCCAGCUCCUGAACGAGCCGUCUGCCCGCCCUGCGCCACAGCUCCUCACCUGUCUGUGCCCACUGAAGGAGGUGUAACCAGUGAGGAGGAGGAUGUGCAGGGGCUGAGUGAAGAGGAACUGAGCCGGGAGGACGAUUCAGACCUGGAGAAGGAAACAUCCGAGGAGUCUGUGGAGGAGGAACAUGAAAACGAUUCUCAUGGGGAUGAGGAACCUGCUGAUGAGGAAGAUGAAGACACUGAAGUAGUGGAUGAGCUGGAAAAAGAGGAGGUAGAGGAGGAAUAUGCAGGUGAGGACACCAUGGAAGAUGAAGAAGAGGAGAACACUGUGGAGGAAGAAGCUUCUGAAGAGGAAUCUCAGGAAGGAGACCAUGAGGUUGGGGCUGUGGAGGAGGAACCUGUAGAGGAGGACCCCACACCAGAGGAACUGCAAGAACAUGAGAUUGACCCCCCUACACCUGUGGCUGAAAGCAGCACCAUCAUUGAAAGGUUAAUGGCAGAAGCCGCUCCUGUAGAGGAACAUGAAGCUCCUGCAGGUGCUACACUGUCAGAAGAGGAGGAACCGACAGAGGAACCUGUGGAGGUGGAGGAGACUGUAGAGGAAGUGACAGUUGAAGAUGUCGAACCAUCAUCAGAAGAGCAGGUCAGCUCUGAAGAGGAAUCAACUCCAUCAUCGUCUGAGGAGGCAUCAUCUAAACGUCCAGUAAAAGUGCAUCAGACCACGUCUGAGGGUUUCAGGACCAGGGACCGCUCUCACAUCGACGACACCCUCCGCACUGUCACCGACGGUCCUUCAGAGCGCUUUUCAGUGAUUCUGAAGAAGCUGCAGCACAUCUAUCACACGGCCAUUAAACCUCUGGAGGAGGCUUAUAGGUACAAGGAGCUCCGACAGCACGACGUCUCAGAUGCUGAGAUCGCCUCCAAACCCAUGGUGCUGUUCCUGGGUCCCUGGAGUGUGGGCAAAUCUACCAUGAUCAACUACCUGCUGAACCUGCACAAAACACCUCAGGAGCUCUACACAGGUGCCGAGCCCACCACCUCCGAGUACACGGUCAUAAUGCACGGGGAGAAGGUGCGCACCAUCGAGGGCAUCGUCAUGGCGACCGACACCGCCCGCUCCUUCUCGCCGCUAGAGAAGUUUGGUCAGGGCUUCCUGGAGAAGCUGGUGGGCAUCGAGAUGCCACACAAACUGCUGGAACGGGUCACACUGGUGGAUACGCCGGGCAUCAUAGAGAACCGUAAACAGCAGGAAAGAGGUUACCCGUACAACGAGGUCUGCCAGUGGUUCAUCGACCGAGCCGAUCUGAUCUUCCUGGUGUUCGACCCCACCAAGCUGGACGUGGGUUUGGAGUUGGAGACGCUCUUCAGACAGAUGAAGGGGCGCGAGUCUCAGAUCCGGAUCAUCCUGAACAAAGCCGACAGCCUGGUACCUCAGGAGCUCAUGCGCGUCUACGGCGCCCUCUUCUGGAGCCUGGCACCGCUCAUCAACGUGACGGAGCCUCCGCGCGUGUACGUCGGCUCGUUCCACCCUCAGGAGUACGCCCCCGACACCCCGGUGUCGCUCAUGGUGAACGAGGAGAUCUCCCUCCUAGAGGACCUGAAGCAGGCUAUCGAGAACCAGCUGGAGAACAAGAUCGCCUUUCUGCGCCGCCACGCCAUCCGCGUCCGCGUCCACGCCCUGCUGGUGGACCGCUAUCUCCAAACGUAUUACGAGAAGCUGGGCUGGUUCGGCAACUCCCACGAGGUGAUGAAUGAAAUCUUUGCCGAUCCGGACCGCUUCUACAUUUAUAAAUCUGUUUUGGUUAAAACCAACGUGAGCAAGUUCGACCUGCCGGAGCCGGAGGUGUACCGCGACUUCUUCAACGUCAACGGCUUCAGAGACUUCAAACUGCUGGAGAAGCACUGCGGGUGGAGGGGAGGCUGCCUGCUGGAGAACAUCGAGAGUGCCAUCACGCACGAGCUGCCCGCUCUGCUCGCCAGUCUCGCCAAGAACGAGGAGAAGCCCAAACCUGAGGAGAAGCCCAAAAAUCCCUGGAGGAGGCAGUAAGAGAGGCAGGAUGGGAUUGAGAAAAUGGAACUGGGAUUAAAGGGGUUCAUACUGGGGAGCAGCUUUAUUUUAGACUGGACUCAAAACGUCGAGCCUGGGAAUGGAUGAACGGAUGAUGAUGAUUGGAUGGAUUAAUGAGUGAAUGAAUGAAUAAAAAAUGUUAACAAGAAAUAAAAGAAAAUUAGUGUCAAAUAAAUAAAAAUUUAAUCAUGUAGGAAACUGAAUUAUAUUUAUUCGAUCUUUUAUUUAUUCUGUUUUUUCUUUCUGUGAAGCUAAUCAGAAUCUUUUGAUCUUAAUGUUUGAAGUUUAUUCUGGAUGUUUUUGUGUUAUUUGGGGUGAUUUAGUUUUUGGUGAUGAUAUGAAAUGUGUUUGCAUGUAAAUAUAAACAGGUUUUAGCAAAAUCUACCACAUUAAAUACUCCACUGCACCGCUGUAUUUUCUUUCUCACUGUACUCACUGUAUCCACGGUACUCCUGUAUUUUCUUUCUCACUGUAUUUGCUGUUUUACUGUAUUUAGUGUUCUCACAGUACUCUCUGUACUCCCUGUAUUCACUGUAUCCACUAUAUAUCCACUGUACUCUCUGUAUUCUCUGUACUUGCUGUACUCCGAGUUCUCACUGUACUCACUAUAUUCACUGUGUUGUGAAUGUUUUAUUGAAGAGACUGUAUGGAAA